GUGUUGAUGCCAGCACCACUUUUAGCACAGACGCAACGCUACGCGGCAAAAGGCGUUCAUCGGUUUUUAGCAGCAGGAAUACUUAAAAUAACACAAGCUUCUAUUCAGGAGAUUGUGGCAUGAACAUCUAACGUUAUAUUCGUUAAAUAGUCAGUUUCGCGUACGUGCAGUUGGGAUAAUAGUAAAGUUUAUUAUCCUUGUGGCUAACUGUUAGCUUGUGACGUCGUUAGCUAAAACUACUAGUUUCAGCCUGUUUAUGUUUUCGCCACUGGACGGACAUGUUGGACGGGUCCGCGGUUCGCAACGAUGAAGCCAACAUCGGCAACGUGGAGAACAACCAGCCGGUGUCGGUGCCGGUGACGUCCGGCUGCGAUGGGCUGAACGCGGGCAGCAAGACGCGGCAGGCGCUGCUGAAGAAGGGAGGGAGGAAGCUGCUGCAUCACCGCAGGGCUCCGAGGAGCGGCCCCGUGUCCUGCCUGUCGGACCACAACAACAACACCCUGACGGCCCCGGCCGCUCAGCCCGGUUCCGAGCGCCCCGCCGGACCGCAGGGCGCCCCCAGCCCGCAUCGGGCGAAGCCGGGAGGCAGGAAGGAGAUGCUGAAGUCUAGAGGUGGCAGAUUGGAGCGUGGGACGGUGCCGGCAGCGGGCCACACUGGGCGCAGUCUGCCCAGACCCGAUCACGACGGCCAGAAUGUAAACACCCGGAGCCACAAGCCCAUGCAGAGCCCGUGCUCUGCUGCUUCUCACACACCCAGGAAGAAAGACACUGGCAGCCCCCACCAGCCCCCACCCCGAGAGCAGACGAGGCCCCUCCACAGCUCCACCAACACCAAGAUCCCGCCCUCGCCGCCCGCUAUCGCAUCUCCUGAAUACCUCAAAGACGGCGAGAAGGUCUACGCUGGAGCCAAGUUCAGCGAGCCGCCCUCACCAAGUGUCCUGCCCCCACCCCCCAGUCACUGGGUCGGAGAAAACGAGCUGCAGCAACGCAACCAAAGGCGUGAGCAAAUGACUGUUCAUUUAAAGUCGCUGCUGAAGGUCCGAGAUGCAUCAUGAACACGAUCUGGGGUUCGAAAUCGGAGCAGAUGUCUUGGAUACACAAUUAACGAUUAAUGGCAACAAUUGGACAACUCGUAAUGAGGUAAAUUGGCCUUGAACACACUGCAUUACAGCAAAGGGAGUUUUUGCUAAGCACUCGAUUUUCCAAGGAGCCGACGUGCUGCCUUCACUGUGGAGUUGAUGCUGGACAUUUGCCUUCUGCCUGUGCGCUGGCAGACAAGCCAGAACUGUGAACGUUGUUGUGUUUGGGACCAGCUGCUCUGUUCAAGGACUCGGCGUAGGAAGUGUGCAGCGAGUGUGAGGUCGUCUCCAGCAGCAACGUGAUCCGUAUCUCAUGUUUACGUCCACACUAUGCGAUGGCACUUUGUGUGUGAAGAUGAACCUUUCACAGAGAGGAUGUAACUGUACUUCCUAUGUUGUACAUGUAUCUCUGUAUAUUUUGUUGUUGUUUUAACUGAGAUUCCAGUUUUGUUAGUUUUUUGUCUGUUGCUGAACGUGACCCGUCCCCUGCAAACUGAGGCACUUGUUCGGCUCCUUCCCUGUGAGGCACACUGGAUGUAGAAACCAGGGAGGAUGGACCCCCGUUGGCCGUGGAGGUGAUUCUGGCUGGUGGCUGUGACUGUGGAUCAGUCAGAGAGGCUGCGUUUAGAAUUCACCAGCUGCUGGGUGAAGUUUCUUCCCUUCGUUCAAUGCGAGUCGAAUGGAAGCUGAGGUGAAAGUGUCCUGAGCAGCUGCUGCAGCAUCAGGACCAAACGCUGUUCCUUUCUGUAACGUUACUGCACUGACCUUCAGUACGUCUACGUUGGGUCAGCUCUUUUACAGUGUGUCAAUCUUAAAGCUCUGACUUGACACAGGCAGCUGCACAAACCACCUUUAAGCUUCAGACUCUGCUUUUUAAACGUCUGUAAAGCUGUUCUUAUGUUGUUACAAGCAAAAACUCGGCAGUUCCUUUUUUUAUCAUUUUUAGUCAUGAUGCCAACGUUUGCUGCUCCUGAAAUUAAAGUGAGGAUUCUUUCCAGUGUUGUCAGUGAGUCAAUAAGAUGAGUUAUGUUACUGCCAGGCCUAUAAAAAGGUUGUUGACCGUGGUGUUCGGGGGUUUAUCGACUCACCAGGUGUGAUGAGACUGGACUUAAAGGCUGCAGAGCAGAAGCAGCUAAUGGUGUUUAACAUGGCUUCACGUGGACACGUCCUGUAUGUCAUUACUUUACUUCUCAUGUCUCUGUGACGUCACAAAGCUGGAAAAUUGUCGUACUGUAGCAGAAACUUGCAGGCAGUUUUUAAAACGAUGAAUCCAUGUCAUAAAUUGGGAAUAAAAAUGGAUUUUACAAAUGUUUUCGUAUCUAAAAUUAAAAGUAUUAAAAGAUUUGUGACCACUAA